UGGAAAUCAGAUGGAAUCACGAAUCAAAACACCAUGCUAAGUUGAUAACCGUCUGCUAGAAAAGCAUUUGUUAAACACAAAUUAUUUUAAAAAAUGUGGAGAAGAAAAAUACCGAUUCGGCUAGGACUUAGCAUUUUUGGUGUGGAAAUAUUGUCAAAUAAUGACAUUAUUGAUCCCACAUCCCCAUCUGCGCAAAAGCUAGCGGAAGAAGCACGAAGAACAGCUGAAAAUGAGACCGGUUGGGAUCGGCUGAAGGCCAUAUUUAAAACCGAUGAAUUCAAUUCCGUUAGUCCUGAACUUGACAGUACUUUUGCUGCAGCAGCUGGAGGUUUAUUAGCAGGAAUGAUUAUUGGUGGAAUGCCUGCAUCAAAGUUAGCACAUGAGGAUUUCAUAGCAAGAAAUAAAGCAUCCACAUUUGAGAAUCAUAUAGAAGCCAAGAGCAAGCUGCAGUUCAAUGUUACUAGAGCAAUGGCUGUAGGAGGCUGGAGAGUAGGAUGGAGGCUUGCUCUUUUUACAGGAGGUUUCACGUUUUUUACCACAGCUGUUUCAACAUACCGGAAUAAGUCGAGCAUAUUUGAAUUUUCAGCCGGCGGGCUAUUGGCAGGUUCCAUGUACAAAUUCACAAUGGGUCCAAAAGCGAUGGUGUCAGGUGGUCUUGCAGGAGGAGUUUUGGGCACAGUAGCUGGUGCCGUUACGGUUGGAUUACUGAAGUUGACUGGCACAACAACUGAAGAAUUGCGUUAUUGGAGAAAAGGGUGGAAAGAGUCCCAAAAUAGAGAAGUUACAGUCGGAAAUCCUAAACGAAAGGAAACCUUGGGAACAAUGGGAAUUAUGCACGAUUUGAGUGUGACAAUGAAAGCACACUUGAAUGAAUCCAACGAAAGCGACGAAGAAAACGCGAAGACUCCAAAUACAGUGAGCGAACAGAAAGCAUUGCAAUCGGAAACCAGCUGAAUGAUACGUUAUUCUUGCGGCUUUUGGCUCGUCAGGCGACGCGCACCUCUACCAGGAGGACCUUUGGGUUUCUCAAAUUUGGGUUGAUGAAGAUUUUUCUUCGGAUGCAACUCAUCCAUCACGAAUUCUUCAGUUAACUCA